AUGCAGGCCUUCUUUCAUCAACGGUUUCUGGACAACGGCAUUGCUCUAUGCAGUAGUCCUAUCGGGAUGCGAUUCAAGUCUAUCUAUCUGUCUCAACCCGGCGAUUUUGUUUGCCCAUGGGCCGAUUGGAAUGACACAGAAGGCUUUCCUGGAAUUAGUCAGCGAUUUCAAGAAGCUUCCGAGGUUGAGAUGCACAAAAGCUCAGAAAGACUACGUCGAAGAUAUGGCGAAAAGGAUCCGCUUCUAGCGCCUGCAUCAGAAGCCGAUACAGCAGGGGCUGGAGCAGCCCGUAGGGCUUACCUUGAGUCACUUGGAGCAUUAGAAAAGUGCAAUGCCUGCUUGGGUGAACCUUGCCAGCACGGCGGAAUUUGCAAUAAUUUCGGGCUGGUGAACUUCACCUGCGCCUGCGCGGCAGGUUGGCAUGGCCGUCGGUGCGAGCGCCGCAUGAGUGCCUGUUUUGGACAACCUUGUGAGAACGGUGGAAUAUGUAAAGUCGUCGACCAAUUCGGCAACUUUGAGUAA